AUGGCCGCAAUCAUCUGGGGAAACAAGAAAAUUCUGAGUCGCCGACGUGAAAUCACCAAGAGGGUAGCUGAACACCCAGAACUACAUGACCCUUAUAGUCAAGCGUAUAUGACGCGUUCAGAAAUCAUGGAACAUGCAGCUAGAAAGGUAUUGUGCNNNNUUGAUUUUAAAAUAUGUUUCAGUGAAGUCAUCGGAAUAUCGGGUUAUCCGCUAGCGCUUCAUGGGAUCAUGUUCAUACCCACACUUCAAGCUCAAUGUGCUGACGAUCAAAUGCAUUGGCUGGAGAAAGCGAUGACUAUGCAAAUCAUUGGAACCUAUGCUCAAACAGAACUUGGACAUGGGACAAAUCUCAAGAAACUGGAAACAACGGCGACUUAUGAUCCGAAAACGCAGGAGUUCGUGCUGCACAGCCCUACACGAACAUCAAUGAAAUGGUGGCCAGGAAAUCUUGGCAAAAGCGCCAACCAUGCUGUCGUAGUCGCCAAUCUUAUCAUCGAUGGGCGGAAUUAUGGUCCUCACAACUUCGUGGUACCACUGAGAGAUGCUGAAACUCAUAUGCCCUUCAGAGGGAUUACCAUCGGUGACAUCGGUCCAAAAAUGGCUUUUAAUGGAGUGGACAACGGUUUUCUUGCUUUUGAUCAUUAUCGAAUUCCUAGGAAUAAUAUGCUUAUGAAGCAUGUCAAGGUAACCCCCGAAGGCAAGUACGUCCCUCCGACUCACGCUAAAGUCGGCUACUCAGCCAUGGUUCACGUUCGUGCUCACAUGAUAUCAACACAGGCACAGUUUCUGGCUCAAGCACUCACCACUGCUAUACGGUACUCAGCAAUACGGCGACAAGGAGAAAUUCAACCCGGGUACGAAGUGAAGAUUCUGGAGUAUCAAACCCAGCAGCAUCGAUUAUUUCCACAACUGGCUCGUGCAUAUGCGUUCGUUUUCACCGGACAGGCCGUGAGGCUCAUCUUGCAACGGGUCCAGAAAGAUGUUGCCCGAGGAAAGGUCGACGAAAUGGCUGAGCUUCACUACAUCAGCUCAGGCCUCAAAGCGGUCGUCACGUAUCUGACCGGUCAAGGCAUCGAACAAGCCCGUAUGAGUUGUGGCGGCCAUGGAUACUCGAAGGCUUCCAACAUGUCGGAACUUUAUAGUGUGGCCAUUGGCGGUGCUACAUAUGAAGGAGAGAAUAUGGUCAUGCUCCAACAAUUGGCUAGGUACCUCAUUAAAUCCGCAGAGGCCGCUAAAAAUGGACGAGCCGUUGGGAAGCUUGUUGAUUACCUUGUGAGGUCCAGUGAGCAGCGUUCGGCAAUUGAUCGACAACCGGAUCACGAUUAUGCGGCUCAUCUGAAGGCGUUUGACAAGGCAGCCAAACUGCAAGUAAUGAAAGCCUACGAAAGGAUGCAAUCACUCAGAGCUCAGGGUCUCUCAGAAGAAGAAGCAUGGAACGCGAAUGCUGUGGAACUUAACCGGGCCGCCCGAGUUCACACCCGGCAGUAUAUUGCUCGGACGUUCGAUGAGCAUGUGAAGGCAGUCGUUCACGGACCUUGUCGGGAAGUGCUUUUGGAUCUGCUUCAUCUCCACCUCAACUAUGAAUUGCUUGAUAUGGCGUACUAUUUACUCGAAGAUGGCUACUUAUCAGGCCAACAAAUGGACUACAUGAAAGAAGACAUGUACCGACUUCUUGCUAGAUUACGCCCAAACAUUGUGUCACUCGUGGAUUCUUGGGAUUUCUCAGAUCAUGAACUUAGAUCGGUACUGGGACGACGAGACGGCCAUGUCUAUGAAAAUUUGUACAAAUGGGCGCAGGAAAGCGAACUCAACCGAACACAGGUACUACCAACAUUCGAGAAGUACCUCAAACCAAUGAUGAAGCAAGCUAGGGAGCAAAGCAAGCUGUAA